CCAGUUUUCCUGUCGGCCCUUUAUUUUAUUUUUCUGAGACUCGGUUUGUGAGAACAUCUCCUGAAUCUUCUCCUCAUCACCACCACAGCCCAGAAGAAAGGAUGCGACUACUCAUUGUCGCCGCUUUCGUCCUCCUGCUACGCGCCGAACCCGCCUCGGCGAAGCAAACCUCCUACUUUAACGGUGCACCGUCAACCGUCCCGGCUUUCCCUAUCGCCGGCGGCAAUCACAACACCUCGGCCGCCUGCGAGCUCGACCUCUCAGCUGAAAUGUUCGGCGGCGUUGAAGAAGCCUGCGGCCGCGGAGUCAAGAUAGACCGCAGCCGCUGCUGCCCUGUCCUUGCAGCCUGGCUCUUCGCUGCCCACGCCCGCUCCGCCCUCCGUUUCCAUCCCUCGGCGUCGCCCGGGCCAGUCGGCCAAGACCCUUCACCGAUGAUGCCGGAAACUGACUCGAAGCGCUGCGCCGAUGCACUCCAGACCGCGCUCCACGCCCGCAAUAUCAGCCUCCCCCGCCCUAACACUACCUGCGACGCCGCCCUUUGCUUCUGCGGCAUCCAUCUUCAUGAAAUCAGCUCGUUGUCUUGCUCCGCAGCUUUCAACCUCUCGACUUCGGGAGAGAGCGGAGGCGAUGUUAGUCCCAUCGGCGACGUCCGAGAUUUGGAGCGCGACUGCCGCAAUGCCUCUUACGCCGGCUGCACUCGCUGCCUCAAUUCCCUCCAGAAGUUAAAGGGCGGCGGCGGCUUUGUCGGCGGCGGGGAAAGGGCGGCGAGGAUGAUGGACCGGGAUUGCCGCCUGAUGGGGCUUACUUGGCUGCUGGGGAGGAAUAAGACGGCCUAUAUCCCGACGGUUUCAGCCGUAUUAAGGGCGAUUCUCUACAGCGCACACCCACCGACGCCUCCGUACGGAUGUAGCGCGGAUCAAGAGAACAUGCCGCUCGCCGUCGACUCCAACCAGGUCCAGCGCGCGGCCGCCGGCUCUUUUUCUUCUGUUUCCCGUUCUGCCCCUUGGGUUUUCCUUUAUUCCAUCUUGGCUCUCGGCGCCACUGUUCAAGUUGCUCUGUAAGGGACGCGUCUCUCUUAGUCAUUUCGCUUACUGAUGAUGUACAUGAGUCAUGGAUACCGUUCUCGCUGCAUUUUUUUGGUUUUUGACGGUGGAUCCAUUCCUAAUAUGAGCACUUCAGAAACAUUAUGAUGAUUAGUCUGAUGACAUCUCCAA